ACGAAAAAAAAAAAAAACCCUUCCCAUUACAUUCUCAUCCUGGAACUUAGGGUCGUUUGGAAGUUGCGAUUGUUUGUUGAGAUUGUCAUUAUGCAUGUAUUGUUUACAAUGUAUCGUUUUUUUGUUUUUUAGCAGAAAUAAUACAUGGAUUGUUUCUGUGAUGUGACAGAAACUAUCACUCAUUUUGAGUGAUUGUUAUAUCUCAACUUUUAGUUGUGAUCGUUGAGAUAGUUGAGUUGAGAUUGUUUUGUCUCAGCUUUUAGCUGAUGCGACAUACACAAUCACACAUACCAAACGUUGUAUUCUACAAUGCAUCAAAUUCGACAAUACAUGUAUAAUAUUAUACAUGCAUUCUCAACAAUACAUCUAUUUAACAAUCGCAACUUCCAAACGACCCCUUAAUCUUGAGGUAAAGUUAGGGCGCCCUUAGUGUCCUGUUCUCACAAAAAAAAAAAAAAAUCUCGAAUUCUCUCCGUCCAUGUUGAUGGCUCAAUUUUGAGAACAUAAUUUUGGUUUACAUUAGGUUUGGGUGCAUACCUUGAAUUAUGCAUAUUAUGAAUGACCACCAUAUUUUACUAUUGUGAUAUUGGUAAGUAUUGUCCCAAGACAAUCAUCACCAUCCUUGUAUUUGUUGGUUUUCGUUCCCUUUAGAAUUCAUUUCAUGACGAACAAGACAAGAUACCAGAAAGAGAAGAAGGAAGAAUACUAAUAAUAAAAUGGAUGCAUUUCAAUCUUCGGCACAAAACCAUCAUCGGAAUCGUCACGACGGCGUGCCUUGAAAAAUAAGACAAGACUGCAGACGACUUGCACCGGAACGCAACCAAAUGGAACCCACGGGAUGCUCAUGAAAGAGCUGUGGCGGAGGCAAAAUAUUUUAAGGAGAAUGGAGAAGAAUAAAAAAAAAAAAAAAAACACAGUAUAGUAGUACAUCAAUUUCUGUUAACUGCUACCCCACGUUUUUUAAACACAUACAUCAAAACUUCAGGGAGAUGGAGUAACACAAGAAUAUUUUUUACGUAUACACUGCUUGAGUGAUGGCGGAGUGAAACCAAAGUUAGGAAUUCAUCUGAUUGAGUUAUUCGGAUGGAUUUAGAUAACAUUUAGGGUAAAUUAGAGUCAAUUUUGGCUUAAUUAAAGAUUAAUUAAUGGGGGCCAAUUUUUACUUUAAAAUUCUAAUGAGUAACGAGUGUUACAUAUCCAAUCCUCGAGUCAACCUAUUUAUUUAUUAUUGGUAUAACCGAAAUCCAAAAGUCGAGGGGUUAAAUUAAUUCCUUACCAAUAAAUUCAAUUUUUUUUAUAACCCAUCCACCUGGCUCAGGGCUUUACUAAGGCCCAUGUCAAACAAGGCCUAUCUUAUCUGCAUCCAUUACUUACUAACAAAGAUUAUCCCUUCCAUAAUCAAUCAAUCAAUCAAUGCCAGCACGAAGAAAGUCGUGUACGUCACUCCGUCGAACAGCCCGUACGCCAGUACAGCUGCUAGCCCGAGCUUGGCAAGCUUCGAGCUCAUUUCUGCUAGUACUCGGUGUAUGUCUAAUCUCUACAGCUCAAACGGUCCAAAUGCUGUGCGCCUGAUGAUCCUACUUCAUGAUGAUCCUACUACUGCUGUGCGCCUGAUCACCGUCGAAUCCCGUCGCCGAUCUCAUGGUUAGUUUCUCUGAGCUCCAUUUCCAAGCUGGUCAAGGUGCGGAGUUUUCCAAUCUCAUCUCUUUUAUACUUUGACAACAGUUCUUGUCCAAUUUUUUCGUGGGUUUGUCGAAUCUGUGAAGUAUGAACAGAAUUGGUUUCUGGGUUUCGUUCUGUUCUUGGGAAAGCUCAGGAUUUCAUCGUGAAUCUGGCUUUAGAUUUGAAUCUGCGAUGUAAUAGUCAGAUUUAGGGAUUUGGUUGAUUCAAUAGGUCGAAGCUCAAUUUGUCGAUUGUUUAUACGUUCUAUCCCUUGUUCUGUUUUGCUGCCUCACCGGAUCAAGAACCACCACUUUCAUCAGAGUCCUCCGUUUCAGUUUCUUCUUGUCUUUCUCGCCGACCACGCUUUCAUUGGCCCGCCGUGCUCGGAUUGUACAUUGUUUUCCGUUCCGUUUCCGGCAAUGAUGAAAAGCUCGUAUUUAAUUUUAGUUGUGAAUUUCCGUUGUUUUUGCGCUUGGAGUGAUUUCUGCAAUUACCCUUUUUGGUUCAAAUUCUUUGAGUAUCAAUUCUUGCCAAAUUUAUUGGGGUCAUUAUCUCUCUUUUAAUUUUAAAAAUUUCUCAAAGUGAUUUCUGCAGUUACCUAUUUUGGCUCAAAUUCUAUGUGUAUUAAUUGUCGCCAACGUUUUGGACUCAUUUUCCAUUUUAAUUUUAGAACUUUAUGAGAGUAAUUUACGCCCAGUUGCUUCAGUUGUCCUUAUUGGCGGAGUUUAAUUGCAAUCAAGGCUCUUAUUUAAU